UUCUGUAGUAGACACCACGGCGGGAAAAUGGGCGAUGCGGGAAGCAAUUGGCGGGAACAAUUUGAUGACCGCCAAACUUUCUUCUCCGGCACUAUUUUGUGUGCAAUUUAAUAUCGGUUUAAAAAGAAGUAUCUAGCCAUUAAUUUGAGCCAUCUUCAGAAAGCUACCCUCGGACAUUACGAUGGCGAAGAAGAAGAAGGCUAGGGUUUCUGAUGACGAAAGUCUUGGAUCCGAGCAGGAAGCGGAGAAACAGAAUCAGAACCCAAGUUCCUCUACGGAAAAGAGCCUCUACGAGGUUCUUGGUGUGGAGAGAACAGCAUCUCAACAGGAAAUAAAGAAAGCAUACUACAAGUUAGCAUUGCGGCUCCAUCCUGAUAAAAACCCCGGUGAUGAGGAAGCUAAGGAGAGAUUUCAGCAAUUGCAAAAAGUGAUCUCAAUUCUUGGUGAUGAAGAUAAACGGGCUCUUUAUGAUCAGACCGGUUGUGUUGAUGAUGCUGACCUUGCUGGGGAAGUUGUUCAGAAUCUUCACGAGUAUUUCAGAGCAGUGUACAGGAAGGUCACUGAAGCUGAUAUUGAGGAAUUUGAAGCAAACUAUAGGGGAUCAGACUCUGAGAAAAAUGAUUUAAUUGACCUGUACAAAAAGUACAAGGGUAAUAUGAACAGGCUCUUCUGUUCAAUGCUUUGUUCAGAUCCUAAACUUGACUCACAUCGUUUCAAAGAUAUCAUUGAUGAGGUUAUAGCUGCUGGUGAACUGAAGUCAACUAAAGCCUACCAGAAAUGGGCGAAGAAAGUUGAUGAAAUGAAGCCACCAACCAGUCCUUUAAGGAGAGCAAAGUCAAAUAAACAGGCCGGAACAGAUCUAUAUGCAGUCAUUUUGCAACGCCGAAAUGAGAGGAAAGGCCAGUUUGAUUCAAUGUUCACAUCAUUAAUUUCUAAAUAUGGAGGGGGUGAUGCUGCAGAGCCCAGUGAAGAAGAGUUUGAAGCUACACAGAGAAAACUUGAAAGCCGAAGGCUGUCAAAAAAAUCAAAACGCAAGUAAUGGACAAUUGCAGCACAGUCAAGGGUAGAAUUUUAAGCAAACAGUACUUCAACUCCCGUGUUUGUGUAAUUAAACUGUUAAUGGCAAAUCCUUUUCUUCUGAAUUGAUUAGUGCGAGUUAUGAUGUGAAACUUAAACAACUGAAGCUUCCUUCUAUCUAGCAUGGAUAUAGCAGAAACGGUGACUUUCGUAUAGGUUUAGCUCUCUCGGCUUGCAGCCAAAUCCUGGCUGUGGCCUUCUCGAAUUUGCUCAGCGGUGGAUGGCUGAUUUUAUGUUUGAUAAAUUAUCUUUGAUAUGGGGAGUAAUAGUAUGCACGAACUUGGUGUGCGGUUCGCGCAAA